GGAGAUGGGCAGUUCAUUGUCAGACUCAUUGUGAUGUGCUGUAUACAUAUAUAUAACAGAUCAAGUUUCCCAUCAUCAAUCAAAUAGUCCAGGGGGGAAAUAGCUUUUACAUCAUGCCAUCAUCUACGACAAUUGGUAUCAUUCUUGUGGUUGUGGUUGUAGGUACCGUCUGUAUAAUUGCGGGCCUAUAUUACCGGAGGAAUCGAGGAAAGGAAUGGACCCGUUCUAGCCAACACACUUCGCGCCAUUCUAAUAGAGCUCACCCCUCAGUCCCUCUGCCUGUCAUCCCCCCAUAUCGGAAAGGAACACCUGGGGCCCGAGCUGGCCAUAUUUCGCUUGGGAUGCCUUCACCUGUUGUACGCAAUACUGGUGAAAGACAAGCUAACCUGUCAGGAGAUCGAAAACCCUCACAGCCAUCUCAACAUGAUUGUCUUCGCCAGCCACCUCAGACUCAACCUAUUCAAUCCCAACCUAUCAAACCGCAGCCGAUCAAACCGCAGCCUAUCCAGCCACAGCCUACCCAGCCGCAACCGGUUCAACCUCGACAUCCGCUUAGAAUUAUUAUUCCACCUCCUGUUGCAGGAGGACUUUACGGUUUAAAGGGUAUAUUCCCGCAACCAAAGCGAGGAGGGAGAAGUCCAUGAAAUGUGGGGUGAUUUUGAACGAAUCUUUAACAUACAAAAUCUCUAGACUGUGUCUGAUCAGAGGGUUCAAUGUUCCUGACUGUAGUUUGGCAAUCAGAAGCUUUAGAAUAUUCACUUCCUUCUAAAUAUAGAUAGUGUUUUAGAUGUUGAAAUAAUCCCAAUUGUUGAAGUUUUCAAAGAUAAUGGAUUUGUGAAAUCGAUAAUAACCUCCUCA